UAGCUUCAGUAUGCGUAAUCAGAUAAAGAUCGACUACAUCGUUGACAUAGUUGCAGAAGUAGCUACCGGGCCGCUAAUGACAGUCGUCUACGAAGGUACAUACGCUCCACUUCAAUUUCAGGGACUUUCCAAAAGUGGCUCCAAAAAAGUGCUCAUUAAAAAGAUUAACUCCCGGAUUUUAUCAAAUAAAGUAGAUUGGGAAACUCUGAGAUAUUUAGACCACCCAAAUGUUGCCUCUUACACAUUUAUUUCACAAAAGUCCCGCUUGUUUUCCUCGCAAACCUACAUCGUGCAGGAUUACUGUCAAAACACCCUCCAACAGCUAGGAUCCCUCUUCCAGUCCAACUGGUUGAGCAGUGGCGUCGUCAAGAACGCUGUCAAGGAAAUAGCUGCAGGAUUGACCUAUCUGCAUGGUAAAUCAAUAGUCCACAGGAACCUGAAACCAUCUAAUAUCUUGAUAAAACCACCACUGGAUAACCCAUCUCGUUUCAUUAUAACCGACUUUUGGUACACAAACGUAAGGGCUGUCCCCAAGAAUAACAGUGCAUGCUGUUGCUUCAAAACGCAAGUUCCUGACAACACGGAGAUCGUACAGUGGAUGGCACCAGAACUCCUAAACGACGACUCCAAAACCACCUCCCCAAUGAUGGACAUGUAUUCGUUCGGACGAAUACUGGAGUAUCUCUUUUGCCAAGGUCCCCUACCACUUUGCAAAGUGGACAGUUUUCUGUUCCGCCUUUUGAUCCAAGAGACAGUGCGUCUAACACCCUCCAGCAGGAUAACAAGUCGAGCUGUGCUGGAGAAACACCCCCUAGUUAUCGUACCUGCUCACAAAAAUGUUACUGUCACUGCUGACAUCAGGAUUGAUUACAUCAGAGAGGGUUAUGAUAGAAUUAUAAAGCUGAUAGGAAAUGAGUCAGAUAGGGUUGAUAUGAUCCAGUUGAUGGAAUCCAAGAUCCGCUCUAUUACUGUCAACGGUAGUCUCAUUUUCCCGUGGAGCGGUUCAGAUGAACAUGGUUCCUUUAGUCAUAGAAUGUACACUGAAAUGAACAAACACACCAAGCGGCCGUACAAUGAUAAUUCUUUUCUUGACUUGCUCAGAAUGGUAAGGAACUUUAGGAAGCACCCUCUUACCGGUGAAGAUAAUCUUGACCUGCUAGAUGAGAUUGAAGACGAUGCUAUCAGCAAGAACUUUCCUUAUAUCAUACCCUUCCUAUAUAUCUGUCUUGACUGUAGUUUGGACAGUGCAUUUGUACCGUCACCUAUCUUCAAUAGAAGCAUAUGUGCAGAAGAAAUAGAGAAGAGAUGUAUGGCAGGAUCACAAGUUGCCGGACCUGUAUCUGCGGAGUUGGAACGUGAGGAUAGUGGUGUGUUUCUAAUGGCGUCUAGUAGAGGUGGUGGUGGACCCAGCUUGCGGAGACGAGGAGGUGGUCGUCGUCACAAGAAACACCACCCCUGAUAAUAGCACGCUGGGAGCCUGAUGGAGGACAGAAAGCUAUGGAGAACUGUUGUCAAUGGAUCUCGGGAACACUACCCGCCUUAAGUCAAGUCAAGUGGGGACCUGAGUCCCCCACUCUUAUCAUUGAAACUAUCAUCUAGAUAUUAAUCUUCAUAUUAAUCUACCACCAUCAGUUAAAAUGUGUUAUAGUUAUACAGUGGAUAUGUUAAAAAUUUGUUUAAAAACAUUUUCAUUCAAUUUUGUACAAUUAAAUAUGAUUUGGAGAAACUCGAUUUCUAGGAUGUAAUCAGUUUAAUGGGUAUAUUUACUGAUAUAAAGUAUGUCACAGUGCAGUUUUGAGAGUUAAUAAAAACAAAACUUUAAGUUAAAACUGGUAGUUGUGUUUGUUCGGUCUUACAUCUUAUUUGAAUCUUAGUAUUUGGGCCUCAAAAUACACUCAGUUCGUUAUAUAAAGACGGUUAACUUUGGCGAACUUUUUGAAGGCUUCGCCGUCUUUAUUUCAUCAAAACCCGUCUUUAAAUUUGCUGGUAGAAGUAAGGUCAGAGUGUGAAAUGUGCUUUAUUACAUCCUAUCUAUUUUCAGACCUGUUGUGGCGUCUUUAAUAUGUCAAUUUUGAAGCCUUGCCGUUUUUAAUCUUUGUUCAUUUGAAGGUAUUGUCUUUAUAAAGCGCGUCUUUAUAAAACAAACUGAGUGUAGAUCUUUUCACACUACUGAGUAUAAGUGUCACUUAAUAUUUAACAAUAGUGCUUUAAACACCGUUUAUUAUCAUUAUAAUUAAUAAAAGUUUAUUUUCGGGGAAGUUUGUUGUGUAUCUUGCUUCCAACCCUCGUCUUGCUUCCAACCCUUCUUGAACUGACAUCUCAAGGCAACCACGACUGUUUCCAAAUGUGAGAGAGCUCGAAACUAAUCUGAAAGUGUGUUUUAUGAAACCUAAACCUCGUCCCCGGCAAGUAACUAGAGGACACGUUAUCCAGGAGAACGUAACCACAUCUGAUGUGUCAUGUAAUACAACACUUGGGUCCCUGAACAAUAGCUCAGUCGUCUGUACUAGCUGGCAGAUCACCGCAUCAAAAUAUCAUUAGCAUAACGUUUACGUGUAAAAGGGAGCGAGCUUGUAUCACAUCGACAAUAACGAUAGACUGUUAAUGUUUGAUGUUGUGGAGAUGAAAAGUCACGACGGAACAAAGAGCUGGUUUUUUUCUUUGUUAAUAAAUGAUUCCGUUAGUGUAGUUCGUUCUCAGCUGAGCACAUUGUUUGUCAUUCGGGUGUGGAAAUUAUUUGUUCAAAUGACCAACCCUAUUUGAAAUAUCUGUUCAAAUUAUACUACUGUAAACAUCUAGUACUAUUAACUAUUAUUAUUAACUAUUACUAUACCAACUUAUCUUGACUCUCCAGUUUUUUCAUUUAGACUUUUUCGUGGCUGAUCUUUCUGACAGUUUUUCAUCUAUUCUUACCAUAAACCUUUCGUAAAGUGUAGGUUAACGAAAAUGAGGAAGUUGAAGGUAGACUAUGUAAUGGAGUUCACGAAGAAGCUAGGCACAGGGCCCCUUCUGACCUCAGUUUACGACGGAUUAUAUGGCCUAGAUCCGAACAAAAGUGUUAAACGAGACGAUCUUUCAAAACACGAGCUCAAACGUAUCUUGAUCAAGAAGAUAAAUGCUAAAAUUGUCUCAGCUGAAGUUGAUUGGUGGAGAUUCCAGCGCCUGGACCACCCAAAUGUGGCCACGUACAUUUUCGUUCGUGAGGAUGCCCGUCUUUGUUCUUCAAGGGUUUUCAUUGCUCAGAAUUUCUGCGAAUACACUCUCAAUCAUCUAGCACAGCUAUUAAAUUUUAACUGGCUGACAGGUCAAGUCAUUAAAAGUGCUGUUAAAGACAUUGCUGAGGGUUUAAAUUACCUUCACGGACAGACCCCUAAUCCCAUUGUACACAGGAACUUGAAGCCCUCUAAUGUUCUCGUAAAGCCUCCAUUAGCGUUACCCGCUGGGUUUGUUCUCACUGAUUUCUGGUAUUCCAACUGCAAACGCCACCCUAAGAAGAGCAAUUGCUGUUUCUGUUGUUCGUCUGUUGCAGAGGAGGAUAACCCUGAAAUUCUGCGUUGGAUGGCCCCUGAGCUGAUAAGCGGAAACAACGAAAAGUCCGCUACCCCCAUGAUGGACAUGUACUCGUUUGGAAUGAUCCUCGAGUUCCUCCAGUCUCAAGGACCACUGCCCCUGGACGCAGUGGAUGACUAUCUUUUCAAGCUUCUUAUUCAGGAAACUGUCCGUGUAAAACCAUCCCACAGGAUAGUAUCUAGAGAUAUCGUAGAAUUCCAUCCUUUAUUGAUUGGAUCAAACCAACGAAACGUUAGGGGUGUUGCUAAGGCUCGGUUAACUUAUAUAAAAGAGGGCUAUAGCCGGAUUUUAAAACUUGAAUUAAACUCUGGCAGGGACAAGUUAAGAGAACAGAUUGACUCCAAGGCUCUCGGCAUUUUCGGUAGCGAAAUUUAUCCUUGGAACGAUUCUGCUCAAUCCACUAACUCCUUCAACCGAACAAUUUUCCAAGUAAUGAACAGAAUCUCACAAAAACCGUUCGACCCCAACUCGAUUCUUGACUUGAUAAGACUCAUACGGUACUCCAAGAAGUUUCUGUCAGCUGUAGGUGGCGGCAAAUAUAACGAAUUACUCAACAAAGUUGCUUCUGAUGCCUUCAGCAGGAGUUAUCCGCAUGUUAUCCCUUUAGUUUAUAUUUGUAUAGACUGUCGGCUUGAUCCUUCUUUUCUACCUUUGACGGUGUUUGCGGAGAGGACUUUUGAAAACAGUGUUGAAAACUUAUCUAGGAGCACCGACACCGAAUCUCAUCGAAGUUCAUGCUCUCGGAUGUCCCCACUUUCUGAAAGUUCUGAAACUUGGAAAACCUCUUCUUGGAACUAAGAUAAAUUGAAAAACUUGUUUAUACUGGCUCUCUUAUACAUAACUCACCAAUAAUUUGAGAGAGAUAUAAUUUUAAGUAACUUGUGGGUUCAUUAAGUAAUAAGUGCAAAGUCACAAAUCUUCAGAACGUUCAAUGGUGGAACUAUAACACCGUGGAUGAAAUCUCUGAAAAUGUGUCUGUUCACAGUCAACAUUUUCACAAUGUAUAUAAUGUAGGUGUGGGAAUUUUUUGUUUCAGAUUUUAAAAUUUGGAAAUCUGGUUUUAUAAUGCUGGACAGUUUUGUUUUUAGGAUUAAUUCAAUAAAUAUAACUAUGACACAAUUUACAUAUUGCACCUCGAAAGGGACGAUACGAUGUAUAUUCUUUUAAUUUACGAUGUAUAUUUUUUGAUUGAUGGUAGUCAUGUAGACAUGAAAACGUCGUAUCUCAAUGCGACCCGCUUGUGGCUCGACUAGUUUCUGCUUUUUACGGCCAUCAAAAAGGGAGUAUCACCUCAAUUAAUGUAAUAGAUUUGAAGCAUGGAUGGAAAAAACUUUAACCUGGUAACCAGAACCCUGUUGCCUGCGCAAGAGCAAUGCUAACUGAACAUCCACAUUUUUUGUGGACAAACUGAUAUGAAUCCUAGCUGCACACCAUUUUUUGUUGUCUGCACACUAAACUUUUCUUAAGGCAUGAUUUUUAGCGUUGUAAUUAGUUUUACACGAUUUAUCUCUAUUAUAUUAUAAUAUUCUUUUAAUCUUAUGAUUGGCUUUAACAACAA